AUGGCAUCCCCACAGAGAGAAGGGUUCAGUAUCCCAUCAUCGAUAUCACAUGCUGCUUUGGGUCAAGUUACUAAUAAAUCCCUUGGUGUCAAGUAUAACUGUGCUCAAUGUGCGGCCUCUUUUUCAUUAAGUAAAAAUGAUGCUAUUAGGUGUAAAGAAUGUGGUCAUCGUGUCAUCUACAAGGCUAGAACUAGAAGGAUGGUACAGUUUGAAGCAAGAUAA